CGACUAGUGAGGAUGAAACCUCUCUUAAUAUUUUUGCAACUUUUUGCAGCUCUUUCACUUCAAAUUCUUUGCAAUGAAGCCUUACAGGAAGCCAAGUCUACGGGGGACAUCAUCAUUGGAGGAUUGUUUCCAAUACAUGAAAGUGUAAACGAUAAAGGAGAGUGUGACAGGUUCAGUGACAGCCGGCUGGCCCAGUCUCUGAUUAUGAUUCACGCUAUAGAGGAGAUAAACCAGAGUGGAGAGUUGGGAAACAUCACUCUGGGAUAUCACAUCGUGGACUCCUGCGCUGAUGUUACCACAGCUUUGAAAAACUCUCUGCUCUUCAUGAAAAUGAACCCAAAUUCAGACACAGAUUGUAAACAUCAACCCCCACCACCAGUGAUGGCCGUCAUAGGGGAUUACUAUUCAGAAAUAUCCAUAGCAGUUACAAGGCAUCUCAAUCUGGAGCAAAUUCCUCAGAUAAGUUAUGGUUCUACAUCUGGCCGUCUGAGUGAUAAAACUCGCUUCCCAAGUUUUCUGAGAACCGUGCCAAAGGACGAUCACCAAGCACAUGCCAUUAUUGAGAUUCUGAAGAAUCGUAACUGGAAUUGGGUUGGUGUCAUAGCAACAGAUGGUGAAUACGGCCGCUACGCUGUUGAACGUCUCCGGCAUCAUGCAAAAAAAAACAACAUCUGCUUUGCUUACGUUAAUUUUCUGCCAGAGUUUCUUGUUGACGAAAAUCUUGAAGACUCCAUAAAAGAAACAGUUCAAAACAUCACUGAAAAUGGAGAUGUCUCUGUCAUUGUGUCCUUUGCCAAAUCUAAACAUAUGGAGGACCUUUUUAACAGUGUUCUUAAAGAUAAAAGAGGCAGAAACAAAGUUUGGGUAGCCAGUGAUAACUGGUCACAAUCUGCUGAAAGUCUUGAUACUGAAAAAUGGACUUUAGAGGAUGUUGGAACUGUCUUUGGGAUAACUCUUAAAUCUGGAAAAACAUCCAAGUUUGAACAGUUUCUCAGGAAUCUUGAUCUAGACCCAGAUCUAUACAAAAACAACUCCUUUUUGAGGGACUUUUUGGAUAAAACUGAGAACCCUAUCAACAGAUUAAUCAAGAGGACAAGUCCGUAUGCUGUGUUCAGUAUCAAGCUGGCAGUCAAUGCAAUUUCUCAGACUAUUAAAUCCCUCUGCAUCAACAAGGAGUGUAACACAUCCACAUUACAACCCAGGGAGUUCAGAGAUGCCUUAAAAAAUUCAAAGUUUUCCUUGGAUGGGGAAAACUAUUCAUUUAAUACGGACUGUGAGGUUGACUCGGGUUAUGAUGUCAUCCUGUGGAAGUCUGCUUCAAAACAAGAUUUGAAUUUGAACAAUAUUGUUGGUUAUUAUGAUAUUGCAAAGAAGAGCCUGGCUUUCAACUCAGGUUUCAGCUCUUUAUAUGAACAAAUUGAAGGAGUGACUUCCAAAUGCUCAACAUGUAAUCCAGGUGAAAUGAAGAUUACAACCAAUAAGGCCUUCCCAGUUUGCUGCUAUGAAUGCAAAAAGUGUCCCAAAAAUGAGUAUUCUAACACCACAGAUGCUACCCAGUGCAACAAGUGUGAUGAAGACAGUGAAUAUUCCAGUGAGGGCAGUAGUUACUGUACAAAAAGAAAGGAUUUGUAUCUGAAGUGGGAAGAUCCUUAUCACAUUGCAGUGCUAACAGCCACUGCUCUAGGAGCUGUGCUAACCAUUAUAGCUGCCAUUAUCUUCAUAGCCUACUGGAAUACACCAGUCGUACGCUCAUCUGGUGGCCCCGUAUCCAUCAUUCUCCUUUUCUCUCUUUUGUUCACAUUUGGAAGUGUAACGUUAUUUGGUGCCAAACCUACAAAGUGGAAAUGCGAAGCCCGACAAGUUUGGUUUGGCUUGAGUUUCACUUUGUCUGUCUCCUGCAUCUUGGUCAAGUCAUUUAAAAUAAUCUUGGCCUUUGAAUUUGACCCUGUGACCAAAGAUGUUCUGAAAAAACUCUACAAGCCUUACCUGAUUAUUGCAUUCUGCAUGGGUGGACAAGUGCUGAUCUGUGUGCUCUGGCUUGCAAGAAAAGCUCCAACAACACAUUCAGAAGCAUUUGAAAAAGACGACAUACAACAUAAUACUAAAACAUACUACAUCCUUAAAAAGUGCAAAGAGGAAUAUGGAGCAUUUGGGGUCAUGCUAGCCUAUAUUGGCAUUUUAGCAAUCAACUGCUUUGCUCUUGCCUUUAAAGGGAGGAACUUGCCCGAUUGUUACAAUGAUGCAAAAUUCAUCACCUUUUCUAUGCUGAUUUACUUCAUCGCCUGGAUCAUCUUUGGCCCAGUUUAUACGAACGUUAAUAACGAGUAUCAUCCAGCAGUUGAAAUGGUUGUGAUUGUUAUUUCUGCUUUGGGCAUCCUGUUCUGUCAGUUUUUGGUUAAAUGUUACAUCAUCCUCUUUAAACAAAAUGAAAACACAGAGGAAGCAUUUCUAAGGCAAAUAAGGAAGUUUUCCCAGAGCAAAGGUGAGGACAUAGAGGGAAACCAUCAUGAUGGAAUCCAAAACCCUGGCUUCUCGAGGGAGUCGCUGUCAAGUUCAGAAUCCUUUCAGCCAAUAAGUGAUCAGUCGCUGUCCCCAAAAACCUUUAUCAAUCCAGCUCCGGUCUCUCCAGCUCUGGUCUCAGAAACUCAACCUGCUGAGACGACCAAUGUACUCAACUGUAGGAAGAUGCCAUUACAGAGAUAUUUAAGUUUGCCAACAUGGGCACAAAAAUAA